AUGUCCCCGCAACCAGACUCCCACUCCGAGGAGUCCCCGCACUUCUCCAAUACCGACUCCGAUGGCAUCCCAUCCGACCACCCAGACGCCCCCUUGUCGAACGGGCCCUAUCAUGAUGACUCGUUGGCCGUGUACGAGCCUCGUCCGAUUCCAGAUGUAUAUGACGACUACGAGACUGUCCGGCCGCGCAGCAAAUGGGCCUUUUUCUGGUUACGCAAUAAGGGCAUGUUCCUCGUCUUGAUGGCGCAGAUGUUCGGUGCAAGUAUGAAUGUGAUGACCAAGGUUCUGGAGAUGUAUAGUUCUAUGCAUCCAUUCCAGGUCCUCUUCGCCCGCAUGUCCAUCACUGCCAUCGCAAGCUACCUGUACAUGUGGUACGCCUCUGUCCCCUCACCACUUGGCACUCGACCCGUCCUCGGCCUCCUCAUCACCCGCGCCGUCUCCGGUUUCAUGGGCGUCUACGGCCUCUACUACUCCGUUCAGUAUCUGCCUCUUUCUGAAGCUACGGUGAUCACCUUCCUAGCGCCUAUCAUAACCUGUUACGCCUGUUCCCUGCUCAUCCCUGGUGAGACAUUCUCCCGUCGCCAACAAGCGGCGGGAAUUGUCUCGCUAAUUGGUGUGGUGCUGAUUGCGCGCCCGUUCCGGAACCGAAAGGACGACGAAGGAACAGAUUCUUAUCAUCAUAUUCUUGCGACUGUGGUGGCGUUCUUUGGUGUGCUGGGCGCUGCUGGCGCGUAUACUUCGAUUCGGAUGAUUGGAAGACGGGCGCAUCCGCUUGUUAGUGUGACUUAUUUCUCCAGUGUUACGACUGUGAUCAGUGCGGUUGCCAUGUUGGCUGUUCCUGGCGUGCCCUUUCGGUUUCCGGGCAAUCCUACUGAGUGGAUCUUGUUGACCGGGUUGGGGGUUUGUGGGUUCCUGUUACAGUUUUUGCUCACAGCGGGCUUGUCGUAUGUGCCGCCGGUUGAUGUUGGGGGCAAGCAGGGACAGGGUUCUCGGGCGACGAGCAUGGUUUAUACACAGGUGCUCUUUGCAUUGUUCUAUGAUAAGGUUGUGUGGGGGGGUUACGAUGAGUUUGGGUCCGCGUUGAUCUUGGUCUGUGCCAUUGCGGUGGCUGUGAUGCAAGAAGGGAAGUCGGAGAAAGCUGAACCUGGGUCUGAGCCAGAGCCAGAGACUGAGCCUGAGAAUAAUGAAGAGGAAAGGUACAAGGAUGCCGAUGAGGAGGCGUGA